AUGUAUUUGUCAGCAGGUGUAUCGGCUCAUUCACGGCCUGAUGAUCACAGUCAGGAGAAGGUGGUUUCGGUCUGCCCGGUGAAGGAUCUCAUCACAGAAGAGAAGCCUCAUCAUUCCCAUGCGCUGGAGCUGAAGCGAGAAGAUCCCGUCACAUCCUCACCAGAGCCGGAGGAAGAGGAGCUCGGCGGCCUGGAGUUUGAGAUGAAGAUCGAACAGGUGGAGGAGCUUGUGGAUCAGAAGCUGAAUCAAGUUCAAGCAGAACAGAAGAACGAAACCCGUCGUGAAGACGGAAACUCGUGGCGUUCGAAAGCGUUCGACGAUCCGGAGAGUCUGGUAGAGCAACGAUCCCAGAUGCUUCCAGAUUCGAACGUGAUGAUGGAGGAUCCGGCGGCGCAGGCUUCAUCUGGUUUGUUCUUUUUCGGCUUUGGCGUUUCUGGAGACGUUGAGUACGGAUUGAAUCUUCCUCGACAGGAACGCUCAUCCGGAUCCGGCGACUCGGCGGCAUUCUCGUUCUCGCGGCCCAGACCGUUCCGCUGUGAGGAAUGCGGGAAGGGCUUCACGCAGCGGAUGCGUUUGAUCACGCACAGACGAGUGCAUACAGGCGAGAAACCCUUCCGCUGUCAGUUGUGCGGGAAAACCUUCUCCAGACAGGACAACUGUCUCCGGCACGUGCGCCUGCACAGCGGACAGAGAUGUGUAUCGGCUCAUUCACGGCCUGAUGAUCACAGUCAGGAGAAGGUGGUUUCGGUCUGCCCGGUGAAGGAUCUCAUCACAGAAGAGAAGCCUCAUCAUUCCCAUGCGCUGGAGCUGAAGCGAGAAGAUCCCGUCACAUCCUCACCAGAGCCGGAGGAAGAGGAGCUCGGCGGCCUGGAGUUUGAGAUGAAGAUCGAACAGGUGGAGGAGCUUGUGGAUCAGAAGCUGAAUCAAGUUCAAGCAGAACAGAAGAACGAAACCCGUCGUGAAGACGGAAACUCGUGGCGUUCGAAAGCGUUCGACGAUCCGGAGAGUCUGGUAGAGCAACGAUCCCAGAUGCUUCCAGAUUCGAACGUGAUGAUGGAGGAUCCGGCGGCGCAGGCUUCAUCUGGUUUGUUCUUUUUCGGCUUUGGCGUUUCUGGAGACGUUGAGUACGGAUUGAAUCUUCCUCGACAGGAACGCUCAUCCGGAUCCGGCGACUCGGCGGCAUUCUCGUUCUCGCGGCCCAGACCGUUCCGCUGUGAGGAAUGCGGGAAGGGCUUCACGCAGCGGAUGCGUUUGAUCACGCACAGACGAGUGCAUACAGGCGAGAAACCCUUCCGCUGUCAGUUGUGCGGGAAAACCUUCUCCAGACAGGACAACUGUCUCCGGCACGUGCGCCUGCACAGCGGACAGAGAUGAAGAACGCCGAUCCCAACGCUUUGUCUCAAAGUGAGAUUUCUGCAUAUUGUAACUAGGGCUGCACGAUAAAUCGAAAUUAAAUCGCUGCGAUUGUCAUGCGCAUCUAGUCAGUGAAGCAUGGUUCUGUGAUCAGUAGUAAAUCUCCAUCCGAAGGCCAGCCAACCUAAAGAGAAGAAAUCCAGAAAAUCCCUAUAGCGGUAGCUGAAUAAACUGAAGAUUUAACUGCUUUCAUUGAUUCAGCGUGACUAAUAAACACAUGACUACAACAA